AUGUCAAGCCCAACUCCUCCAGGUGGCCAACGUACUUUGCAAAAGAGAAGCCAGGGCAGUUCACAAAAAGUUGCAGCUUCCGCUCAAACUAAGAACACGAAGAGCAACAACUCGAUCUUGAAGAUUUUUUCCGAUGAAGCCACGGGGCUAAGAGUCGAUCCUUUAGUAGUGUUAUUCCUAGCGGUCGGUUUUAUUUUCUCUGUUGUUGCAUUGCAUGUUAUUUCUAAAGUCGCAGGUAAGCUAUUCUAG